AAUCUCAAGUUUUAUCUCUGACAUACAAGGAAAGAUGGACACAAAGAAUAUGUUGUUUUCAUUUGUUGUGUAUUGUUCUCUGGUCUUAUCCUCCUCAGCUCAAACAUGCAGAAACUACACUAAUUUCGCGAGCAACAAAGCCUUCACCUCUUGCACUGAUCUUCCAUUCUUGAAAUCAUUCCUUCACUGGACUUAUGAUCCUGCUUCAAUGACUGCAAGAAUCGCGUAUCGACACAGCGGGGUUUCGCCCUCCAGAUGGGUUGCUUGGGGGAUCAAUCCAUCUUCUCAUGGAAUGGUGGGAACACAGGCUCUCAUAGCUUAUCAGGAAUCUGCAGAUGGGAGGAUGAAAGUUUACACGGCGCCUAUCGGCAGCUACCAGACUGGGCUGCAGGCUGGGGACUUGAGCUUCCCAGUUUCAGAUUUAUCUGCAACAUACUCUGAUAAGGAAAUCACCAUUUUUGCUACUUUGAAGCUUCAAAACUUGAGCAGCUCUGCUACUUUAAAUCAGGUCUGGCAAGAGGGUCCGGUUUCGGGUGGUUAUCCAGGAAUGCAUGACACUUCUGGUUCUAAUGUUCAAUCUAUGGGGACUCUGAAUCUUCUCUCAGGACAAUCUGGGGGAGCAACAGUAGGAUCAGGAACAGGAGGUUCACAAUUAAGGAAGAAAAAUAUUCAUGGACUGCUAAACACAGCAAGCUGGGGAAUUAUGAUGCCCAUAGGUGGUUUAUUUGCAAGGUACCUAAAGGUGUUCAAGUCUGCAGACCCUGCCUGGUUUUAUCUGCAUGCUACUUGCCAGAUUUUAGGUUAUAUCGUGGGUGUCUCCGGUUGGGCCACCGGUCUCCAGCUUGGAAGUCAGUCCCCAGGUGUUCAAUUCACUGCUCAUAGAACCAUUGGCAUUGUACUGUUCUGCCUUGCUACCAUCCAGGUGAGUGCUAUGCUUGUAAGGCCAAAGAAGGAGCACAAGCAUAGGGUGUACUGGAACAUGUACCACCAUGUAGUGGGAUACUCCAUCAUAAUCCUGGGCAUAAUCAACAUCUUCAAAGGAGUGAAGAUAUUGAGUCCAGAAAAGAAAUGGGAGAGUGGUUAUGUUGGGAUUCUUGUGGGGCUCGGACUGGUUGCUGCAACAUUGGAAGUUUGUACAUGGUGUGUGGUUAUCAAGAGGAAGAAGAAGUCACAAAAUGUUGAUGACAAAGUCCCAAAUGUGUAUAGCAAUGUGUACAAUCAUGGGUAUAAUGAAUCAAGGCAACACACCAGAGUAUAGAUUUUUUUUUUUUUUUUUGGUUUGUCUGAAAAGUAUUUUCCUUGGGUUUAUUAUUGUGUGUAUGAAUAUAUAUGCCUGUCUAAUAUAUUGUGUUAGUGAUGAGUAUUAUAUUUUUGGGGACUUGUGAGCCUACAUACUUUUAGAUGUCAUUUCUUUCUAUUUGCUUCAUGUAUUCUUUUCUUUUACUACUGUAAUAUUUAUGUAUUGCAGACUUGCAUAAAUGGUUUUUGUCCUUUUUUUU